CUCCCCGCGCCCGCCGCGCGCGGUUCCCAUCGGCCCUUGCGGCGGCGGCGGCGGCGGGGGGGGGGGAGGGGUCGCGCUGCCCUCGGACGCGCCCCAUGGCGACGCUGGCACUGGCCCGUUGGCCCCGGUUGGUGGCCACCGGCCGCCCCCUACAUGUGGGGCUGGGGGCCUGGGCCGGCCACAACCGCUGGUCCAAGGUGAAGAACGUCAAGGGGCCGCGCGACGCCGCCCGCAGCCGCCUCUUCCAGCGCCUGGGCCUCAUGCUGCGCACCGCCGCCCGCGAAGGGGGUCCGGACCCGGCGCUCAACGCCCCGUUGGCCAACGUGGUGGAACAAUGUCGGGCCAAGAACAUGCCCAAGGCCUCCAUCGAGGCGGCCAUUCGGGGGGCGGAGAAGGCGGCGGCCACCACCCGCCUCCUCUACGAAGCCCGUGGGCCCGGGGGGGCGGCCCUUCUCCUGGAGGUCCUCACCGACAACCCCCGGCGCUGCCAGCAAGAUGUCCGCCUCCUCCUCGCCCGCCAUGGGGGGACGCUGGCGGAGGGGGCCCGGCACGGCUUCGAGGAGAAGGGGGUGGUGCGUGUGGGGCGGAGGGACGUUCGGGGCGGCCCCAUCUCCAUGGAGGAGGCGCUGGAGGCCGCGCUGGAGGCCGGGGCCCAGGACGUGCUCCCCGAGGAGGAGGAGGAGGAGGAGGAAGAGCCGACCCUGAAGUUCAUCUGCGAGCCCUGGGCCCUGCGGCCGGUGCGGGAGCGACUGGAAGCCCGGGGCUUGCGUCCCCUCUCGGCCGCCGUCGAGUACUUGCCCCGAAGCCGGGUUCAGUUGCCGGAGGAGACGCGGGCCCGGGCGGAACGGCUCCUGCGAGCCCUGGCCAACUGCCCCGACGUCGCCCGCCUCUACCACAACGUCCAAUAGGAGCACGGGGCUGGGGGGGGGGGGGGGGGGGGGGCGGGGCCACGAGGCCCCAUACU